CCCAUGGCCAUGUUUGUUUUUGUUUGCUAAUGGCGUGUUAGCUUAAGAAUUCGGUCAAAAAAUCCGGCAUUUCCGGUGAAACUACGCCAAACUAAGGCUUCGACAAUGCCGGGAACCAUCCUCGAGAACCUCAGCGGCCGUAAAUUGAGUGUUUUAGUGGCCAUCCUGUUCUUCAGCCAACUGGGUUGCUUCCUCGUCGGCUUGAUAGCCCCCAAACCGGCAAACUCCCAGGGGAUCCUCGCCACGGUAUGUCUCGACGACAAAAUUGCCGCCCAGGACUUGAACCAUUGGGUCACACGCAAUUGCGACAGGAUCGACUUGACUAACGUUAAACCUGGGGUCACAGCUGAGGAUAUUGUUUUUGUGCUUCAAAUGCCGCUCUCGCCCGAGUGGGAUUUCUCUCGAUGGCAGCAGAACUUAGUCGGGAUCCUCCAGUUUGAUUUAUUGUACCAGAAUGGGUUAAAUCCGGCUGAAUUCAUUGUGGAGCUCACCAUCGACGCCCGAUUGGCCUACAGUGACAAGAAGCGGACUGGGGGACGAACUCCUUGGUCGUACUACGCCCACUCUGAGGAAAAACGCUACAUGGAUUGUGAUAUUGACCUUAAAAAUGUCAGGUCUCCUGAGGGGUACCCCUACAACUGUUCCAUGGUACCCCUAUUUGAACUCGGUUCUUUAUUCCAUGACUAUUAUCUUCUCAACAUCCGGUUGCCUUACGACGAGAAACAACUAAAGAACGUCGAUUUGCGUAAGAUUCAAGACGUAUAUUUGCAUCUGAUACACAUGAAUGGGGGCUUCACCCAGGUUUGGGUCUCUCUCAAGACAUUUUUCUUCCCUAUUAUCAUAGGGAUAAUGAUUUGGUUUUGGAGACGCGUUCAUUUAUUAUCCCGGACUCCAGCUUUGCUCGAGUACAUGUUGAUUUCGCUAGGGGGCACUUUAGCCUUUCUUGACCUUCCGGUUGAAUAUUUGACCCUCUGGUUCGAAAUGCCCUUCAUGCUUUUGCUUAGUGACAUCCGUCAAGGCAUUUUCUACGCCAUGUUGCUCUCUUUUUGGCUCGUCUUCGCCGGUGAGCAUAUGCUAAUCCAAGACAAUGGCGAGAAAAAUAGUAUCAAAUUGUAUUGGAAACACUUGAGUACUAUCGUCAUUGGUUGUUUGUCUUUGCUUAUUUUCGACUUGUGCGAACGUGGAAUUCAACUCGUGAACCCAUUUUACUCGAUUUGGGUCACUCCAGUGGGCACCAACCUCGCCCUCUCUUUCAUAAUCCUCGCCGGGAUUUCCGCUAGCAUGUAUUUUAUUUUCUUGUGUUACAUGAUUUGGCGAGUUUUUAAAAACAUAAGUAUAAAAAGGACCGUAUUGCCGAGCAUGUCUCAAGCCCGGAGAUUGCAUUACGAAGGUAUCAUUUACAGGUUCAAUUUCCUCAUGUUGGCGACAGUGAUCUGUGCUGCUGUCACUGUUAUCUCAUUCAUCUUGAGUCAAGUGGCCGAAGGCCAGAACAAAUGGGAUGAAAAUAUGGAACUCGAAUUGUCUUCUGCUCUCCAUACUGGAGUUUAUGGCAUGUGGAAUGUCUACAUCUGCGCCAUGUUGAUGUUGUACGCUCCUAGUCAUAAGCAAUGGCCUGCAGAGCCGAUCUGUGCCGAAGGCGAGGAGGUCGAGUUUAGUCGCCUUCCAACCGAUCCGACUCCCAAUGAAAUCUCCUCCUUGACUUCGUUUGCUUCCAAAGCUAGCAUUGAGUAAAUCUCAAACUGUGACGUAAUUGAUGUUUUUUCUAACUACUACUUAGAAUAAGUACUUAAUUCUUGGAUUUGUGAUGAAGCAUGCACACGCACACCGUUUUUAAUAUUUAUUUCUCGUUUAGAUGAAUGUUUUUAGAAUUUUUACUGACGCUAUCGCGUACCUAUCGUAAUAAUACUAUGUAUAUGUUGACUGCAUUACGUAGCGGGUAGUGUUGUAUAUGUGAUCUUUGCGAUGUUUUAACUCUGGUGAUUUUUAUAUGCCCGAUCAGUAUUUUCUCGCAUUUACUAAUAAAUAUGUAUAAUAUACAGUA